AUGCCUUACACAUCCCCCUCGUCUCGCUCGCCUGCUACAUCAGCAUCACAAUCACCGAAUGAUAGUCGACGACCCUCAUUUCAAACUGGAUCUUUCACUUCGCCUAAAUCUGAGCUGCCUCGGUCGGCUUCAUAUCUCAGCCAUCAUCGGCGGUCGGCUUCGCUCAAGGCACCAGUACGGGGCCUGAAGUUUUUAGAACCACCACCCGAGUGGGCGGGAGAGUGUCGUGGCUUGAAAUCUGGUUUACGGCAGUCACCUCCUCCUAUUACUCAGGAACGACUCAUACCAACAGGAGCUGUAAUUUCACCGCCGGAAUCAUCCAACAACUCAAGUGAUGAUGAAUCUCGGAAUUUAAAUAAUCGCUAUCUUCGAUUAGAGAAUUUGGUGGAGUUAAAGGCAGCUAUUCAUGAUCUUGAACAGCACAGGAGCGAACCACACACGCAGCUUCCACUAGACAGCAAUAAAACUGAUCAAGCCGUUAUCCUUCUAGCACCUGCAGAGCUCAAAAAAAUUGAAAAGUCUAGCGAUGAUAUGAAUAUAUCUGCACCACGUAGGCUAGCACACUAUCGAGCUAAGACAGAAGGCGUAAUUUUUAAUCUUUCAGCACCGCCUACUGUUUCAGAAAAGCUAUUGACAGGCUCGGAUGAUGAAAAUUUGUCCGAUGAUGAAGAUUUGCUCUCAGUUUGCAAGCCACCAAUGGUGAGGAAAAAGUCUGGGGAAUUAGUGCGACCCGCCCUCCGUCCCUCCUCUGCGCGGCGACGACCUUCAAGUAUGCCAGGCACACCAACAUUCUCCAAGGCCGUACAUUUUGAUUCUCAGUUGGAGCAUAUUAGGCACUUUUUGCAGGUUGAUCGUCCACUUGCUGUGAGCGCUGGAUCGUCUCCUGUGCCUGCAUAUGACAGUGAUAACGAAUUUCCGUUUGGUGAGGAUGAAAGGCGUGACUCCAUAUAUGAGUGGGAGAUAGUUGUGGCAAACUUCCCACCAGAGACAUCCCUUCGCCUUGCGCAAGCAGUUAGGGUCGAGCGUGUGUUUCUAUCGUCUGACAACAAAACUCUGGUUGGCAUGGUAGCCGUGGCAAAUUUGGCUUUCAAUAAACUAGUCGUCGUCCGGUUUACACUUGAUUACUGGAAGACAACAUCAGAAGUAGUCGCAGAAUUUAAUCAGGAUUUACGACAGCCCGCUCAAGAUGGAUAUGACCGCUUUCAUUUUAACAUAAAACUGACCGAUCAAGCAAACUUAGAAGCCAAAACUAUGUUUUUCUGCGUCAAGUACUGUGUGAAUGGCGUAGAAUAUUGGGAUAACAACGACUCAACCAACUUCCAGGUUGAUUUCCGAAAGAAGAAGAUAUCAGGAAAAGGAGCCAAGCGAUGGCAAGACUCGGCCAAGUCGAGUAGGCAAUCUCUCCCUCGAAGUAGUCAUCGAUCCCCAGCAUUACGUCCUAGGUCUAUACCAAUGGCAUUUGAUGAUUUUUCAGACGGAUUUAGCGACAAAUAUGCACUCUCCGACUUUAAAAAUACCGUACGUGAUUACUUAGGUGAGGCAACUGCUCUCGACCGGAACGAUGACGAAGGAACAAUUAGUCGGUCGUUGGAAGGUCAUGGACGGCGCCAUGGUCAAACUAAUGGAAAUGUUUUUGGAAAUCGUUAUGACUUUGGUGCAUCGCUGACAGCUGCAAUCAAGUCUGCAAAUCUGUCGGGACGAGAUCGGUGUGACGGAUACAUCCCAAAGAAGGCAACAUGGGAUGAAUCAGUUUCUCCACUUAGUGAUGAGCCCCAGGUGCCUGUACAAUCAGAUGGCCCUGAUAAAACCUUAAGUGCCAGCUACAAUAUGGCUCGACGCAAUGGGGCUGAAAAGCCUUGUCUUUCAUCGCAAUCCUACAAUGAGUUACUUGAUAAGUAUUGCUUCUUUGGAUCAACAAAAGGUACACCGCAACUUAAGGAUGAUAAUGUGCAUACCAGUGCAUUUAGCAGUAGAAACAAUGGUGCUUAUGACUAUGGGUCUACGAAUAUUCCGACUUCCAACUCACCCGGUGGGAAUGAUAUCCAACAUCAUCUAACCUCUCAGAACGUUGGCGCGAGAAGAAGUCGCUCUCCCUCACCUGGCUCCACGACGGGAUUCGUUUCGGGUAUGUUUCCGAUGUACCAAAAUUUUCAUGAUAGCUUUCCCUUCCUCGACGCUCAUGCCGCAACAGCAAUUCGAGGUCAAUAG